GCCUACCUACAUUAUGCGAAACCCACGACAGAUCCGCUUAAGGACAGAGCAGCCGAGACGGCGAGGGAUGACCGAGAGGAACAGAUUCGUAUGCUGAUUCUCGAAGUUCAGGCGAAAGAAGAUAAUAUUCAUUGGUGGUUUCUGUAGGGAAUAUUUUUUUUGAGCUAAUUGCCAUAAUCACUGUAGAUUCUGCAGUGAGUUUGAUCAGUUCACAAAGGACUUGUCCAAGCUCGUGCAAGUUCUGAUGAUAUUUUGGUGGAGUGCUACUCCCGUAAGCGUAAGUGCUUUUCGAGCAGCUUUGGCAAUUUGAUCAAGAAAGGUAUCCUACUGAGCGAAACAAGCUAGGAAGAGACGAUCAGUGACAUUUCUCAUUGCUGUAACCAGAGUCAACAAGCAUAGUCACUGUGAGGGGGCAAUUCUAGGUAGACUCGCUAAGAUGUUGUUCUCCACAUUUGCUCACCACGCGAUAGGUCCGUACCGCCGUAGCGUCAUAUCUUCCGUCGUAUUCCGUACUAGGUAAGCUGUUCAUCAAGUUGCUGACAUGAGUUGUCAGCUUACACAUGAUCUCAUGUGGUUCGUAAACUGGGAAGCUGUGAAGAGUUGACAGUGCUUCAAAUAUCCGUUCCCAGCUCAUCACUUGCACCGGUGUGAAAACCAUCGACUCUCGUCAAUUCACUGUUCCAUGGCGGGUGUACAAUAUGUCCUAGGAGGUGGUGCCUCCUCAUCCCACUGCUCCCCCUCAUUCAUACCUCAGCCUUCUCUCUUCGGAGCUGAGAUAAUCAACCUAAGCACAAAUCUCAUCACCAAUUAUUCUCAAGAAGUGCCAGCACAAUACAACUUCAACGACGGAUCCCUAAAUGUCAGCAACAUUGACUUCUGCAACAUAACAGUAACUUACACCCACCCGGGCCAAAACAACACCAUCAACGUCGAAGCAUGGCUCCCUCUCCACAACUACAACGGCCGUAUGCAAGCCGUUGGUGGAGGAGGAUACAUUGCGGGCCGCUGGCUUCUUUCCCAAUUCCAGAUGUCAGCUGCGGUCGGAGAAGGUUACGCGACUAUCACUACUGAUGCAGGUCUUGGGACGGAGACCAAUCCCAAUAAUUGGGGGCAGGUCAGUCCUGGGAAUGUGAAUCUGUACUUGCUUCAAAACUUGGCCUCCGUCUCGGUGAACGACCAAGCCAUCAUUGGGAAGAGUUUCAUCAACUCGUUUUACGGAGAACCUCCGAAGUACUCGUAUUUCAGUGGAUGUUCGCAGGGUGGUAGACAGGGACUUAUGCUGGCGCAGCGGUAUCCGGAUGCCUAUGAUGGGAUUGCGGCUUCAGCUCCUGCGAUUGAUUGGGGUGAAGUCCUGAUGGCUAUGUAUUGGCCUCAGAUGCUCAUGAAUAUACAUAAAGUGUAUCCUCAUGGAUGUGAACUCGACGAGAUUACAGCUGCCGCAGCCAGAAGGUGUGAUGGCGAUGAUGACGUGGUAGACGGAAUCAUUUCAGACCCGGACUCGUGUCACUUCGACCCCUUCUCGGUAGUGGGACAGAGAUUCAAUUGUUCUGGAGUUAUGAUGGAUGUCAGCAAAGGGGCAGCAUUCAUUGCGAAUGCAACUUGGGCUGGUCCUUGGUCAAGCAAAGGCAAAUCCCUCUAUCCGGGAGUGCAUAUAGGUAGUGAUCUAUCUGGGAAUGGUCCUAUGGGACAAGCACUUGCCACAACUGUGUGUUUUGACAAUGGUACUUGUGCUGGAAAGCCACACGAGCUUGUCACAUGGUGGAUAUCUCUCUUCGUUUUGAAGGAUCCAGAGUAUGACUGUUCAACCAUGACACACGAAGAGUUUGAUCGUCUCUUUCGAUUGUCUGUGCAGGAGUAUCGACAUAUGGGCACCAAUGAGCCAGACAUGACAGAGUUCUUCGAGCGCGGUGGGAGAAUAUUGGGAUAUCAUGGCUUGGUGAGUUUCGCCAUCCCUGUCUGUGGUGACUGGAACAGCAACUCACGUUCUUAGUCUGACCAAAUUCUCCCGGCUCGUGGGGGAAUGAGAUAUUACGAUGACGUUGCACGGGUAUCUCCAGAUGUGCAUGAUCACUACAGGGUAUUCCAGGUACCUGGCAUGGCUCAUUGCUGGGAAGGCGACGGAGGACAACCUUUGACUGUCUUCGAUGCUUUGCGUGAUUGGGUUGAAAAUGGUACUGUGCCAGAUACACUACCGAUCAGCUUCACGGACAAAAAGGGGACCAAGAAUGAUAGAAUCAUAUGUCCAUAUCCACAGAGAGUUAUAUACGACGGUAGAGGUAGUCCGACGUCUUUCGAGAGCUUUAGUUGUUCUUGAUGGAAACAUUGAGCAGGAGCUGCUGAACAACCCUCCGCGUUGUUGAAAUGUGCUCGGCAGCAGGCUAGCUCUCGGCAGGAACAAAACAGGGGCAUGGUCUAUCCUGCAGAAUUUCUCGGUUUUCAAAAUUAAUGAUUUCUCGAUAGCUGCCGUUUCUUUUUUGAAAACGAUUGCAGAUAGGUAGAUAUGUACAAAUCCGGAAUAUCAAAAAAACGUGACGUGCAGCAAGCUAGGUACAGCAA